CCGGGGUCUCACCAGCCCUUUCCUGCAGCCGCCGCCGCCUGUGGAGGAGCGGGUCCACCUCGGUCACCAUGCCCAGCAAAACCAAGUACAACCUUGUGGACGAUGGACAUGACCUGCGGAUCCCCUUGCACAACGAGGACGCCUUCCAGCACGGUAUCUGCUUUGAGGCCAAGUACGUAGGAAGUCUGGAUGUGCCGAGGCCCAACAGCAGGGUGGAGAUCGUGGCAGCUAUGCGCCGGAUACGGUAUGAGUUUAAAGCCAAGAACAUCAAGAAGAAGAAAGUGAGCAUUAUGGUUUCAGUGGAUGGAGUGAAAGUGAUUCUGAAGAAGAAGAAAAAGCUUCUUUUAUUGCAGAAAAAGGAAUGGACAUGGGAUGAGAGCAAGAUGCUGGUGAUGCAGGACCCCAUCUACAGGAUCUUUUAUGUCUCUCAUGAUUCCCAAGACUUGAAGAUCUUCAGCUAUAUUGCUCGAGAUGGUGCCAGCAAUAUCUUCAGGUGUAACGUCUUUAAAUCCAAGAAGAAGAGCCAAGCUAUGCGAAUUGUCCGGACGGUAGGGCAGGCGUUUGAGGUCUGCCACAAACUGAGCCUACAGCACACACAGCAGAAUGCAGAUGGACAGGAGGAUGGGGAGAGUGAGAGGAACAGCAACAGCUCAGGGGACCCAGGCCGUCAGCUCACCGGAGCCGAGAGGGCCUCCACAGCCACCGCGGAGGAGACUGACAUUGAUGCGGUAGAGGUCCCACUUCCAGGGAACGAUGUCCUGGAGUUCAGCCGAGGGGUAACCGACCUUGACGCAGUUGGGAAUGAAGGAGGCUCCCACACAGACUCCAAGGUUUCACCCCACCCACAGGAGCCCAUGCUGACAGCCUCGCCCAGGAUGCUCCUUCCUUCCUCUUCCUCGAACCCCCCAGGCCUGGGCUCAGGGACGCCGCUGUCCACCCACCACCAGAUGCAGCUCCUCCAGCAGCUCCUCCAGCAGCAGCAGCAGCAGACGCAAGUGGCUGUGGCCCAGGUUCACUUGCUGAAGGACCAGUUGGCUGCGGAGGCUGCGGCGCGGCUGGAGGCCCAGGCUCGUGUACACCAGCUCCUUCUGCAGAACAAGGACAUGCUCCAGCACAUCUCACUGCUGGUCAAGCAGGUGCAGGAGCUGGAGCUGAAGCUGUCAGGACAGAAUGCCAUGGGCUCCCAGGACAGCUUGCUGGAGAUCACCUUCCGCUCCGGAGCCCUGCCUGUACUCUGCGACCCCACGACCCCUAAGCCAGAAGAUCUGCACCCUUCGCCACUGGGCGCGGGCUUGGCUGACUUUGCCCACCCAGCGGGCAGCCCCUUAGUUGACCACAGUAUGUUUGAGAACUUGAACACAGCCCUCACUCCAAAGCUGCAGCCGAGCCGCUCCUUUCCCCACUUGUCCAAGUCUGCAGCCCCCAGCUCUGCUGCCCUGGGGCCUGUGGAGGCUGGUGGGCCAGGACUCUGGGUGGGCAGCAGCCAGCACCUCAAGAACCUGGGCAAAGCCAUGGGGGCCAAAGUGAACGACCUUCUGCGGAGGAAAGAGUCUUCGAUCCUUGGUGGUGUGGGUGUGAUGGAGAUCAACAAGACCGCAGGCGCCAAACUGGCAAGCGGGGCUGACGUGGCAUCAGGGGCCUGGCUAGAGGAUGAGCGGUCAGCCCUGCAAGAAGCAUUCCCACGACUGGAUCCGCCACCACCCAUAACCAAGAAGCGAACCCCUCGGGCCCUGAAGACCACCCAGGACAUGCUGAUUUCAUCACAGCCUGUCCUGAGUAGCCUGGAGUAUGGGACAGAGCUCUCACCUGGGCAGCUCCAGGAUUCCCCUCCCACCACACUUGCUCCAAGAGAGCUCUUCCCAGCAGACAUGUCCCAGCUAGAGGUCACCGUGGCAAUGGCAGAGAAGGGCGAGGCCCUGCCCAAUGGAGAGGUCUCCCUGUCAGUACCUGACCUAAUCCACAAGGACAGCCAGGGCGAAUCCAAGCUGAAGAUGACUGAGCGGAGAAGGGCCUCCUCCCCUGACCUCAUGGAGAGAAAUGGCCUCAAACUCAGCCUGAGCCCCAUCCACCUGGCUGAGCCCCCAGAGGAUGGUAGUCCCCCUCCUCAGGCACAGACCUCCAGCCUUGACAGUGAAAGCCCUCACCCAGACCUGCUGUCCUUCGAGUAGAGCCUUUUCUCUCCCGCUGAACACCACUCCCCUCUCCUCUGCUUCCUUGUCCACUGUGCGCCUGGCGCUUCCUCGCUCCCACGGCCCUUAUCUUCCUUGCACAGAACUGGUUCUCCCUUCAUGGGAGGUUGUAGAGCCAGAGCCCUAGUUAAAGAACCAGUGUGCUGAGUGGCAAAAGGACUCAGGUGCUAUCCGAUGGACUCGGGUACCAUCCCUGAUCCUAAUUUUCCAUAAGCUUCUCUGGGUGCUGGCUGCAGCCCACAGAGACUGGAGCGCCUCUACUCCCCAGCUUGCCCCGGUUUCCAGGUGAACUGCGGGACCACCAGCCCAGGAGGAUGGAUCUUACAGGAAUUCCCUUUGCCUGUCUCCCACGUGCUGUGCCUACUUCCUGCUCUCCUCCCUUCCCUUUCCUCCUUGCUGGCCCAGAGGCCCCCUGCGUGGGAGCUGAAUGAGGGUUGAUGGGUUAGGCUUGAUGAUGGGCCCUGACCUGAAAGCUGCACCCGGACCCUAACCAAGCCCAGCCACCGCUCCUCCUGAUCCAAAUACAGCACAGGUCCCUGGAGGUCAGUCUGCCUCUUCCGGUGGCUGGGACCCAGAGGAGAUGCUUACUGGGCCUGAGGCCCAGAGGCAGCCUUGUUGCCUGGGAUUCUUUAGGUGCUUCUGCUCUAGUUAGAUGUAGAAUACAAAGUGAGUGCACCCUGGGGGCAGAGCACAGCCUGCCACUGAGUGCCUGCCGCACAGCCCUGCCCAUCUGGGAGAGGCACUGGGGAAAGGGACGCUGCCACCCAUGGCCCCUGCACAGACGCAAAGACCAGGGCUUCCCUUGCUGUGAGAAGACAGAGCUAGGCAGGCCCCGGCAGCAGCAGUAGAGCACAAUCUGGUUGUGUUUUGGGUGAGGACCCAGGACCUUGGGGGUGGUUUUGGCAUUCAGGGAGCUGGUCCUGAUAGCACCCAGAGCAGAAGCAGUGGAGUAAGAAGUGAAACAGGACGAGAAAAGAGCAGCUUCUAGGGCUCAGAGCAGCUUUUGAGCCCUCUCACCGCCCCCCCCCCCACCUGAAAUGAUGCAAUUCCCAGGGCUGGGCAUGGCAAGCCUGAGAGGCAGAGUGCAGCCCGGCAGAUUGGAAUGUAAUAAAAACUGGAGACAAUCUACUUUUCAUUAAGUGGGAGAUGCUUUGCUCGUGGGCCUCCCAGAGCCCUGUGCCUCCCUAGAGGAGGCUCUGGCCUGCCUUUUCCUGACCCUGAUGCCACACAGUCCCAUCUGCUUCUGCCUUCAGAAUCCAUGGAAGGGACUGACACAGUUCAUCCAGCCCUAACUGGUGGCUGCCUCCUGGGUUAACCCGCUUUUGUGUUCCUGUCUCCAGCAGGGGUCCUGUCAUGCUGUCUUCCUGUGGCCAGGAGACCCUGCAAGGGCGUGACCCCAACCCGGGGGGCCUUUGCAGCAAGAAGAGAACAUCCUCUUUCUUGAACAAGGUGGCCAGUUCCCUAAGAGAAGUCUGGAAAAGCAUACCUAAUCAGGACAUGCCGUUGGGCAGUCCUUUUCUGGGAUUCCUGUCGCCUCCCCUUUCCUGUUCAUUCUUUGAUCUUCCCACCCAAGAUCCCAGAGCUCACCUCUCAGCUCAUUUCAUUACCAAGCCCUGCUGCUGCCCUCCCACCGCCCCUGAGAUACAGGAUACUCAAGCUAACUCUUCCAGAACUGGAAGCCAAAAAGGGUUCCAUUGGAGAGUGGGCCACCCUUCCUGCGUUCUUGCUUCUGCAGCCCUGUGACCUUCCAUAGCCUUUCCACCCCCAUUUCUGUACUGUGUUUUCCAUUGCCCCAGAAGCAAUGCUUAGCCCCAUGCUCACAGUGAAGACUUGCCUCCCCUUCCCAGUAAGGGCCUGGAGUGAGCAGGGCUGUUACUGAAUAUAUGCAUCCUGCCUUACUCAGACCACCUGUCCUAUCCAAAGCCCCAUCUACUUUUCUGUGUCCAUCUCAACGGCCUGACCUUCCUGUUGGCAGCUUGACAACCACGCACGAAACUCCCUUGUAGUCCAGCUUCUCAGUGAACAGUGCAGGGCUGAGUAAUGAGGAAGAAUGAAGGACCCAUCUAUCUCCACAUAAGGAAGUUGGGGCCACAGCCUUUCCUCCCUGUGACCAAACCCCUUGCUGUUGAGUUGAUUCUGACUCAUAAUGAUCCUGUAGGACAGGGUAGAACUGUCCGCUAGGGUUUUCAAGGAGUGGCUGAUGGAUUCAAACAGCUGACCUUUUGGUUAGCAACCAAAUGCUUAACCACUGUACCACCAGGGCUCCAAGAACAUCACAGGAUGUGAUAUCUGGCCCUAAAGGUCUGAGAAGCUCUUACAACUAGCGUAUGGGGUCAUGUGAGUUUUCCCAGGAUGCUUUGGGCUUUCACACAAAACACGCAGAGAUUGGGGUGGUGGUCAUUGUUACUAGCUGCUAUCGAUUGACCCCCAACUCGUGGUGACCUAUGCACAACAGAACAAAAUGAUGGCCUGCCCUGCGCCAUCCUCAUGAUGAGUUGCCAGUUGGGAUGGGGGUAGGGCAUGUAAAUACAUAUCCUGGGAGAGAGUCCACUUGACCUGAGCUUUCCAUACCACAAGCUCUGUUUGCUUCUUUGAUGCGAAGCUUAGGCACCAGCCAUAGGUACAGAAGUUGCAGGUCUGGGCUACUUAAGCACCCUGCUCUCCAGUCCAUACCCAACCUCUGCUGAAGCCCUGGCCCUCAGACACAGGAUCAGCAAACAGAUCCUACCACGUUGUCCUAGGAUCACUGCCAGGGUGACUGCAGAGCUCUUAAGACUAGUGUCUGAUACCAAAGAAGAGGGCUAGGGACCCUGCUCAAUUUGGCACCUCUGAUCUCUACACCUCAGCCAUCCCCCAUGGUAUAGGGGGUGAUGCAGCUACCUUGGGGGCUCCCUGAAGCUGAAAUCUGGUCCUAGAUCCUGCAGAUAUGGCUGGUGCUAGGGGCCAAGUGCCACCGAGAGCCCAGCAGGAACAACUACUGACCUUUUUGAGGGCAUGGGCUCAGACCACCUCUCCUAUCCAAAGCCCCACCUGCUUUUCUGCAUCCAACUCAAUGGCCUGACCUUCCUGCUGCCAGCUUGGCAACCACACACAAAACUCCCUGGUAGUCCAAAUUCUCAGUGAGCAGUGGCUUUGGGUGUCCCAGUCAAUGCAAAGGCUGGGUAAUGAGGAGGAAUGAAGGACCCAUCUGUCUCCACAAAAGGAAGUUGGGGCCACAGAGUCUUUUCUCCGCAUUACUCCCCCAACCUCACCAUAUCCCCAUAUUCAGCACAUAGCUUUACCCUGAUAGACCACAAGGUAAGCUUCUAGAACGUGGCAGGAGGGUAGUGUAUUCCCUGCAUGGAGAGAAAUGUGUCUGUGAAUGUGUUAUGUACGCGGAUGAUGUGAAGGCGGACAUGCAAUCUGUUGAUGACUGAAGGAAGAACAAGGGGGUUGGCCCCAGUUUGGGGGAGGAAGAAGAUUAUAGAUGUAUACUGAGUAUUUUCUAGAGAUUUUAUAUUUAUAUUUUUAGUAAAUUUCUGGUAGAAGGAAACCGCACAAUAAAAUGAUUUGGUUUGGUUUGCUUGUUUUGUUUUCUUCUGACUGGCGGGGAAUAGUUGGUUUUCUUGUCUGGUGGCGAGCACUGGCAUUUUGUUCUUGGGAAUCUGGGAGAGGAAAAUGGAGGAGAAAAUGUAAGGAAGAUGGAGCUACUGCCAAACCCCUGGACUAAGACCCGUGGGUAAGAACAGUCUUCCAGGAUACGGCGUCAUUUGCUCCCCUGAGUGACUUGUAGCUAUGAAAGUGAUCCUCCUCUUCAACCCUGCCCGAUCACCAUUCCAGGGACAUCAGGCCUGUGCACACAGGUAGGACCAUCCUCCUCAGGAGGUGGCAGGAGGAAUGCCAGGGACCAUGGGAUCAUCCUGUAAGCCAGUGGUUCUUAGCCUGGGAUCCAUAGCUCUCCUUCACCAAGUUGGGGAUGGAGCUGUGUGUGUAUGCAUACUUCUGAGAAGGACGGAGCUUCUGUCACAUUCUCAAAGGGACUCGUCACCAGUAAAUGUCAGUAAAUUACCCAGCGCUGCUGACUUAGGUACUUCCCCUGCACUUGCUUUCACAGGCCUUGUUCCUGAGGCUGGGCCGACCUUGAUGCCCACUGAGUGAGAGAAUGUGGCUUGCCAGGAGAGCUGGCCUGAAGCCUC